AUGCCCGAGCACGUCCGUGUAGCCCAGACCGACGACGAAGUGUGGAUGGUAUUCAUGAACUCUGAGCCGAACAACCAGCUCACCGCCGAGUUCAUUGGACAGCUCAACGGCGCUCUCGACAAUGUCGAGCAGCAGUGGAAGGACGCUGGAUCGAAGGGCGGCGCGCUCGUCAUUACGAGCCAGAUCCCGAAGUCAUUCUCGGCCGGCAUCGCCGAGGCUGACUCGAAGGACACCAAGUUCAUCAACGAGGUUUUUGAGCCCCUCAAGACGCGUCUCCUGACGUACCCCCUCGUGACGAUUGCUGCGAUCAACGGCGACGCUCUCGGCGCCGGAUUCCUCCUCGCUCUUCUCUGCGACCACCGCACAAUCCACAGCAGCAAGGGCACGUACUCGCUGCAGGACGCUGUGCUCGGCCACUCGAUCCCGGACAUUCUCAAGGUCAUGAUGAAGGACGCGAAGGCGGCUGAGGACACGGCGGGCGGCAAGGUUUGGUCGACCGAUGACCUGUACGACGCUGGCCUCGUCGAGGAGGUUAUCGAUAACGGCGGCAUGAACCUCGGCAUGCUGGGCGAGCGCUCAGGCGAGAUCGCCGCCGAGAAGGGGGAGGCGUCGGCCGACGGCAAGCACGGAAAGAGCAAGCUGCAGAAGUUCAAGGACGUGCUGUCCAAGGUUAAGGGCAAGCUCUAG